AUGGUGCGUUUCGAUUUGUUCCUUCUGGCCAAUGAUGUACAAGAGGAAGGUCGUCAAAAGGCAGCAUUCCUCACAUUGGCCGGAGCGCCACUCUACGACCUCUUGGCAUCAUUGGCGUCACCAAAGCAGGUUUGUAAUCUGAAUCUUCCCGAUAUAAAAACGAUUCUAACCAACCAUUUUUCACCACGUCCAUCCGAAAUUGCGGCCUAUUAUCAUUUUCACAAACGUGAUCAAUAUCCGGACGAGUCUGUCAGUAAUUACAUCGCAGCAUUGCGCACAUUGGCAGUGGACUGCAACUUCGGUACGGCGCUCGACCGCAUGCUUCGCGACCGUUUUGUGUGUGGCAUGAAGGACGAAGGACUGCAGAAAAGCUUACUGGCAGAAAAGGAUCUAACAGUGCAAAAGGUUAUCGAACGUGCACUUUCGAAUGAGGCAGCAGCCAUCAGUGCUAUGGCUAUGAGGCACCCCAGCGAACCAGUUAAUGUUGUCAACGACAAUCGUUUUCGUACACGAACAAAAAACGCCGUCAACAGAAACCAGCAGCUGUCAUGCAAUGGUUGUGGUGGAUCACACCCUCGUAAGCAGUGUCCAUAUCGUGAAUCACUUUGCAACGCAUGCGGAGUCAAGGGGCAUCUGCAGCGAGCCUGCCGCAGCGCGUCAAAUGUCAAUUCACACAGAGCGUCUUCAUCCAACUCAACAAAUGCUCGUUCAGGUUCAAUGCGGAAAAAAUCAUCUCGUCGAGAGAAUGUCAAUCAGAUCACGCCCUUGGUCAAUCAGAAGAAGUCGAUCUCAGUUACGAUUAAUGGCAGCACAUGUAUUUUUGAAGUGGAUUCUGGGUCGCCUGUGACCAUCAUGACGGAAUCUACGUUCAAUAGCUUUUGGUCCAACAGAAGGCCAAAUCUUUCCAAGUGUGAUUUGGAUCUUAGCGAUUACCAACGCAACCACAUCCCAGUCAAGGGGAUCAUCGAUGUGUCAAUUUAUUACAACCGCCGUAAAAUUGACAACUUGCCGCUAAUCAUCGCAAACAGUGGUGGCUCUAAUCUUGUUGGUUGUAACUGGUUCGAUGCACUGGGUAUACGUAUAGAAGGAGUUUUUGCCGUCAACAGUGGUCUCAGCAUCAAAGCCAUUCUGAAGAAAUACGAUCAUUUAUUCUCAACAGAUCUUGGUCGCUACACAGGACCACCAGUGUCUUUACAAAUCGAUUCGGCGGUGCCGCCCGUGAGACUGCCUCCACGCCGUAUACCCUUCGCCAUUAAGGGGCCCGUGGAAGAAGAAAUCGAUCGCUUAUGUUGUCAAGCCGUUAGCACGCUUUUGGCUUCGAUUGAAGGUGGAUCGAUUUAUGCAAAAAUUGAUUUGGCACAGGCAUACCAACAGCUCGUGGUUGAUGAGCGUUCGUCACUCCUGCAAACCGUGUCAACGCAUAAAGGCGCAUUCAAGGUAACCAGUCUGCAGUUUGGCAUCUCAUCAGCACCCAGUAUAUUCCAAAGCUGCAUCGAAAACGUUUUGCAAAACAUUCCUGGCGUCUUGCCGUACUUUGAUGACAUCGUGGUCAUGGGUAAAUCGGAAGAUGAGCUCGCAAAUAGACUGGAACAAAUAUUUGUACGUUUCGACAAGGCCGGACUACGUUUGCGCAAGGACAAGUGCCAAUUCAGUGUGCCAUCUAUCGAAUUUUUGAGGUUUAAACUGGACAAUCUCGGUAUACGACCCUCACAUGACAAGAUCAAGGCCAUUCAUGAAGCACCAUCGCCAAAGGACAAGAAGCAACUCCAAGCGUUUCUGGGCUUACUCAACUUUUAUCACGCCUUUUUACCCAACAAAGCAACAAUCGCUGAGCCGCUUCACCGCUUGCUCGACAAAAGUGCUCGAUGGUCUUGGAAAGAGCAACACGAAACAGCUUUCAAUACGCUUAAAAGGCUAAUCGCAUCAGAGAAUGUGCUUAUCCAUUACAAUGAGAACUUGCCGUUAGUGCUCACUUGUGACGCAUCGCGCGCGUACAACUUCAAUUUGGUACACCGCGCUGGUCUUAGAAUGGGCAAUGCAGACUUUUUGAGCCGUUGUCCAAUGCUGUCUGAAGCAGAGUCUACGACGACCGAAGACAUUCUCAUGAUAGAAAUAUCGGCAAAACCAGUUGUCAGCGCGCAGCUGAUUGCCUCUCAAACUUCUAAGGAUCCGGAGCUCUCCAAAGUUUUCAACUGGGUGUUAAGGGGGUGGCCCAGCAAAAUCAACCGCUCCGAUAAGCUGUACUAA